AUGACUGUACUUGGAUUUGGGGGACUAUUGUUACGUGUUUGCACACUUGGACAACCUACUGGGGCCCACAACCAACUCAAGCUGAACCACGUGGCACUGAAGCUGAGCUACUAUUACAAGUGCACUAUUUCUAACACACUGGAAGAUAUUGUGAGAGAGGUAGGCAUGGUGCACUUGUGUACCAGGGAGCUCUUACACACGAAAGAGAGACAAAAUGAAACUUGCGAGCAGUUGCAUGCAGUUCUCGGUGAAUCAUGUAUCAGUUGUGAACUUCAGUUAGCAGGCCCUCAAUACGAUAAUCUUCUGUGUAUAUCUUCUAUGUCUUCCGUUGUUGCUGAAGAGUUAUUUAGAUGCACACUCUCGGAUAAGGAAAUUCGCUCACAGGCUCUUAGCCCAGAUGUCAGAGAGUUGAAGAAGGCUAGUGUGAUUACAGACAAUUCAUUGAGUCCAUCUCAUACGUUGCUUCAGAUCAACUGUAUAGAUCACAAGGGUUUUCUUUAUGACAUCAUGAGGACUCUGAAAGACUGCAACAUUCAGAUAGCAUAUGGCCGAUUUUCAACAGUCCAGAAAGGUCGCCGAGAACUAGACCUAUUUAUUCGGCAUCAAGAUGGGAAGAAGAUAGUGGAUCCCGAAAAGCAAGAAGCACUAUGCUCCCGUCUAAAGCUGGAAAUGCUUCACCCACUACGUGUUAUCACAAAUCGUGGUCCAGAUACAGAACUUUUGGUAGGUAAUCCAGUGGAGCUCUCUGGAAGGGGUAGACCACGAGUUUUCUAUGAUGUUACUUUUGCCCUAAAGAGUCUCGGGAUCUGCAUAUUCUCGGCGGAAAUUGGAAGGCAUUCAGCAGCAGAUCGGGAAUGGGAGGUCUACAGAUUCCUUCUAGACGAAAACUGCACAUUUCAACUGUCAAAUAUGGUUAUCAGGAAUCAGAUUGUAGACAAGGUUAGAAGAAUACUGAUGGGCUGGUAAGAGGUUCACCUGCUCAUAUUUACCUUUGUGGGAGCUCUAGAGGGAUGAAGAUGGGUACCUACUUGUACAGUUUUCUUAUUUCUAGUUUGUUUUGAUUUGAAGCUAAGGAAUAACGUCUCUUAUUAAUUCAAAUUUGCUGCCUGGGGCAAUAAAUUUGUGAAACUAAUAUUGUUGAGGUGAUGAUGUUUGCAAAGCUCAAAAAGACAGUAUUGAUACCCAUUCGGAAUUGUUUGACAAGUGCA